CUGGGAUAUCAAACUCCUACUAAAACCAUAAAUGCCGCUCGAGUACUCCCAUACAAGCAGUUCGGGCCCUUGCCCGCCGUAACUGAUAACAGAAAGUGGAGUGGUUGAUCGGGAAUGGCGGGCCCACUGCGACCAGCGGCGGUUGUCUUCCCCCACCUCAGCUCAUCAGUGGGGUUCCAGCCGCGAGCAUCCACAUCCAUCGCGCUUCAGAGCACGGCAUCGCGCGGCUCGACCACACUGGAUGAGGUGACAGCCUCCUAUAAUAAGGUCAUCUAUUCUCGGCGCCCUGGGACACCUCGCCUCAACUCACCGGCCGUAGAGGCAAUCUCGCCAAUAGAACCAAGCCGGGACCGGGAAGGUCGGGAAGCCGCGUUUGCCUGCUGCCUUCGCGCGCGUGUCCCGCAUGCAAGGCCUUCCUCGUGUGCUGUACUAACUCCUCUCUCAUGUCAUGCAGAGGCAGUCGCGCGACCCAGCUUGCGGCCAGUGUUUGAAAAACCCUCUCUCGGUCUCCUGCGCAAAAACCCGAAAGCCAGCCAACAAGGGAUUCGAGCCCAAAGGCAUCGAACUUUCCCCUCGGGUGCAGCCAAUCUGGUGGCGCGAGGGGGCCACGGGGGGAGGGGUGUCGGCGGGAGCGAGCGGGGGUUGGUCCCUCACCGACAUUCUGCCCCUCCUUGGACCUGCUCGAUGAGAUGCGGUUCCAGUCCUGCGGAUGCAGUCACUGCAGUCAGUGCCCUGUCCGUUCGCAAGCGUUGCUUGAAUAUGGCAGGGGCUUGUCAGAGAUUCUGACAAGACAGCUUCACCUGAAUAAUGAAUACAAUAGAACAUUCGCCAAUUACUCUCGAACGUGGGUCUUUGAUGACGCAGCUUGAAACAGUCCACGUGCCGUCGAAAGAACUACAACACAUUGAUGACCGCCUCGAGAAUCCAAGAAUCAUGGUCGCGACCACUCAGCGCAUCACGAGCGGUUACAACGACUUUCCAAUGGCCAUGGCCUCAGGGGUAAAACACCAUCUCAGCUUCACCGAUGGGAGAGGCCCGCAGCUCGGAUAUCGACCCGUGUUGCAAUGUUCCAGCACGUGGCGACGGCGAAACCGAUGAACCUUAAC